CCUUCUCCUUGCCUGACAUAAUCACGCCUGUAUUCGCGCGCGCACCCGCAGAGCGCUGCGCGCCGCCGCCUCGCCGCCGUUGCAUCCUAUAUAAUCCACACCCACGCCGACGCGACGAUACACACAUAACGAACGCUUCUUCUCCCGUCUCAGGUGUGGCUAGUUUGUCCCGUAAGCGCAUCUCUCAGUGGCCAAAACAAUCUGAGUGCGGACGACACGAGACGCAGAGGGACGACGGGAAACUCUCUCAUCUGUGCGCCCUACAGUACGUUUAUAUAUAAAGUGAUGCGGCGUUGAUAUCGAGCCUACAGGAGAAGGGACUGCGUCGCCGAGAUUAUUGAUCAAUCAGCCAUAUUAUCCUAACCUCGAUAGGCCCCGAGGAUUAGUCAUGAGCGGAUGAGAGUCGCGCCUCGUCAACGAACGACCAAGAGCAUCCACGAGUGCAAGUAUUUUUUUAUUUGCAAUUUCGAGCGCCCGAGUGAGACUGCCACUCGACAGACGCACCCGAGUUCCGCACACUGGCAUCGCGCGACGUUACGAUGUGUUUUGGUAUUCUCUAAGUAUUUUUCUAAACCAAAAUGACCAAGUUAAUUAACGAGAAACUUCUGGCUGCCGUGCUCGUGUCGUGCGGUCUGCUGGCUUGCGCCACAGCCUACGAUUACGACUACUGCAGCUACCCUCUGCUCGAUCGAGCUCAACUGAAAGCUACCACAGCUCUGCCCGAACGGGGACCAUCCAAUGCUAGACUUUACGGAAAGAGUGCUUGGACUGCCAGUAGUUCAGAUUUUAGCCAGUAUCUUAUUAUCGAUCUUGGAGCGACCUACAAUAUCACUGCCAUCGGCACUCAGGGAAGAGAGCAUCACAACGAGUAUGUCAUGGAGUACGGCAUCAGUUAUGGUACCAAUGGCCUUGACUAUGCUGACUUCAAGGAGACAGAUGGCAACAUAAAGAUGUUCAAGGGCAACAAGGACGGAGACACUGUCAAAUUGAACAAGUUUGAAGUGCCCAUCAUUGCUCAGUGGAUUAGGAUUAAUCCAACUCGCUGGCGUGACAGGAUCUCUCUAAGAGUGGAACUCUAUGGCUGUGAGUAUAAUUCUGAGAUACUUUCCUUCAAUGGGACUUCGCUGUUAAGAUGGGACCUGCUUCGAGAGCCUCUCGAAACCGAAAGACAUUCCUUAAGAUUCCGCUUCAAGACCAAUAAUGCCGAUGGCGUUGUCAUGUACUCUCGUGGAUCGCAAGGAGACUUCUUUGCUCUGCAAGUACGCGAAAACAGAAUGUUGCUGAACAUUAAUCUGGGUUCUGGAAUCAUGACUAGUCUGUCGGUUGGAAGUCUCUUGGAUGACAACAUGUGGCACGACGUAGUGUUCUCCAGAAACCGCAAGGACAUAGCAUUCUCCGUAGAUAGAGUUUUGAUAAACGGACGAGUCAAGGGUGAGUUCUACAGACUCGACCUCAACAGAGCAUUCUACAUAGGUGGAGUUCCCAACAGGCAGGAUGGCUUAGUCGUGACUCAAAACUUCACUGGCUGCAUCGAAAACUUGUUCUUCAACCAGACCAACUUGAUCAGAGAAAUGAAAGACUUGGAUCUGUACGGUGAAAACUGGCGCUACCAGACCGUUCACACCAGCUACAGCUGUCCGGAGCCUCCGAUCAUCCCCGUGACUUUCCUCACGUCUUCGUCUUACGCCAAGCUCAAGGGCUACGAGGGCGUCAACUCGCUGAACAUCUCGCUUUCCUUCCGUACCUACGAGGACCAGGGUAUCAUCAUGCACCACGACUUCAUCUCCUCGGGAUACGUACGCCUCUUCCUCGAGGAGGGUAAGCUGAAGGUCACCAUCCUGGCCAAGGGCACUCCCAAGGCGAUCCUCGACAACUUCGACGUCACCUUCAACGACGGCAGAUGGCACCAGGUCACCCUCACCGUCUCCAAGAAUCUUCUCGUCCUCAAGGUCGACAACCAGGCCAUGAACACCUUGCGCCAGUUGGAGAUCAGCACCGGCUACAUCUACUACGUCGGCGGCAAGCCGGGCAACGAGAGGGGCUUCAUCGGCUGCAUGCGCGUCAUCCAGAUCGACGGCAACUACAAGCUGCCCAUCGACUGGAAAGACGACGAGUACUGCUGCAAGAACGAGAUCGUCUUCGACGCCUGCCAGAUGAUCGACCGCUGCACGCCCAACCCGUGCAAGCACUCCGGCACCUGCAUGCAGAACUCGGACGAGUUCUUCUGCGACUGCUCCAACACCGGCUACUCCGGGGCCGUCUGCCACACCUCGCUGAACCCGCUGUCCUGCGAGGACUUCCGCAAGGUGCCGACCGACAACCAGAAGGCCGAGAUCAAGAUCGACGUCGACGGCAGUGGGCCCCUCAGGCCCUUCCCCGUCACCUGCGAGUUCUUCGACGGCGGCCGCGUCACCACCACUCUGCGCCACAGCAACGAGCAUCCUACACCCGUGGACGGCUUCGACGAGCCCGGCAGCUUCAUCCAGGACAUCCACUACGACGCCGACCUCGACCAGAUCGAGGCGUUCAUCAACCGGUCGCGCACCUGCCGUCAGCGCAUCAGCUACGCCUGCAGACACUCCAGGCUCUUCAACACCCCGGUCAACCAGAACGAGCUCUUCCACCCGAACUCCUGGUGGGUCAGCCGACACAACCAGAAGAUGGACUACUGGGGCGGUUCUCUGCCCGGCUCGCGCAAGUGCGAGUGCGGCCUCCUCGGCAACUGCGUCAAGGAGGACAAGUGGUGCAACUGCGACUCCGAUCUCGACGGCUGGCUCGAGGACUCCGGUGACAUCACCGAGAAGGAGUACCUGCCUGUCAAGCAGCUGAGGUUCGGAGACACCGGCACGCCCGUCGACGACAAGGAGGGCAUGUACACCCUUGGCCCCCUCAUCUGCGAGGGCGACGAUUUCUCCACGAACAUGGUCACCUUCAGGAUCGCCGACGCGACGAUCAAUCUGCCGACCUUCGACAUGGGCCACAGCGGAGACAUCUACUUCGAGUUCAGGACGACGCAGGAGAACGCCGUCAUCAUACACAGCAAGGGGCCGACGGACUACAUCAAGAUCUCCAUCAACGGCGGCAACCAGCUCACCUUCCAGUACCAAGCCGGAGGCGGUCCUCUGGCCGUCAGCGUGCAGACCUCCAACAAGCUGUCCGACAACAACUGGCACAGUGUCUCCGUGGAGCGUAACAGGAAGGAGGCCAGGAUCAUCAUCGACGGUGCCUUCAAGAACGAGGUGCGCGAGCCUCCGGGUCCAGUCAGGGCCGUUCAUCUCACUUCCCACUUCGUGGUCGGUGCGACGACCGAGUUCAGGGACGGCUACGUCGGCUGCAUCCGCUCGCUGCUGCUCAACGGUAAUCUUCAGGAUCUGCGCGGCUUCGCUCGCCGUGGACUCUACGGCGUUAGCGAGGACUGCGUCGGUCGGUGCGAGAGCAAUCCCUGCCUGAACAACGGUACCUGCCACGAGCGCUACGACGGCUACUGGUGCGACUGCAGGUGGACGGCGUUCAAGGGUCCCAUCUGCGCCGACGAGAUCGGCGUGAAUCUUCGGCAAAACUCGAUGAUCAGGUACGAUUUCUCCGGCAGCUGGCGUUCCACUAUCGCCGAGAAGAUCCGCGUCGGCUUCACCACCACCAACCCCAAGGGCUUCUUGCUCGGCCUGUCCUCCAACAUCUCCGGUGAGUACAUGACAAUCAUGGUGUCCAACAGCGGUCACUUGCGUGUAGUCUUCGACUUCGGCUUCGAACGUCAGGAGGUAAUCUUCCCCGGCAAGCACUUCGGCCUCGGCCAGUAUCACGACGUGCGCAUCAGUCGUAAGAACUCCGGCGCCACCCUUGUGCUGGCGAUCGACAACUACGAGCCGAAGGAGUUCGAAUUCAGUAUCAAGGCAAACGCCGACGCGCAGUUUAACAACAUCCAGUACUUGUACAUCGGCAAGAACGAGUCGAUGACCGAGGGCUUCACGGGUUGCGUUUCGAGGGUCGAGUUCGACGACAUCUACCCUCUGAAGCUGCUCUUCCAGGAAAACGGUCCAGGUAACGUUCGUUCGCUCGGCGGCCAGCUGACCGAGGACUUCUGCGGUGUCGAGCCCAUCACUCACCCGCCCAACAUCAUCGAGACGCGGCCGCCGCCCGAGAUCGACGAGAACAAGGUCAAGGCUGCCUAUAACGAGACCGACACCGCCAUACUCGGCAGCGUGCUUGCCAUCAUCCUGAUCGCGCUCAUCAUCAUGAUGAUCCUGAUCGGCCGCUACAUGUCGAGACACAAGGGCGAGUACCUGACGCAGGAGGACAAGGGCGCGGAGAUCGCCCUCGACCCGGACUCCGCGGUGGUCAACUCGGCGACGGGACAUCAAGUCCAGAAACGAAAGGAAUGGUUCAUCUGAGAUGUGCUCGCUCGUUUUCGGCAAGAUAUCUCCUCGAUCUGUCUACCCGCGAAGUGCUUGCUUCGAAUUAGGCAGCUUUAUAUAUGAUAUAUACAUAUGUAUAAUGAAUCUUACGAUAUUACUCAUGCUCGCUCGAAUGACUGAGUUUUUAAGAAUCUCAUCGCGGAAUGAUUAAAUUUUUAGCCGAGCUUUUCGAGAAAGCGUGAUCAAAGUGUUGUUCCUUUACACUUGGAAUACGAUGUAUGUACGUUCUUCGGCCGAGAUUAUUUGCCUGCGAAGUCGAGCAUUUUAGCUAUAAAGAUUCAUCGCAAAGCGAAAGCAUCAAUGCAAAUUACCUCAUUAAAAUGUUCUAAUGCGACAGCUUACAAUUCGCUUAAACGUCACAAUGACGUCUUAAUUGACCAAUUUCCUCGGCAGAAGAACGUUUCCGCUUUUUUCAUCUAAUUUCAAGUUAACGAGUGCAACAUUCGAGUAAACAAUGAAAGCACGUUAAGAUAAAAAUAUGCAUCACUUUAAUAUCGUAGCGAGUAAGUACACGACGACAGUAACUAUGAACUUUUUUAACAAAUCAUGACGAUAAAACUUGUGCAUUUGAAUGAGCAAUGGAUCUUAGAAAAUACCAAUUUUGUAAUAGUUGUACACAUAUUUUUAUAAAUUUACUCGAUAAUCGAUUGCUUAAUAAUGGAACUAACACUUAAAGACUAAGUAUUUAAACUUUUUAUAGACUAACUACUUAAGAAAUAAAGUAUUAACUGUAGCGAUGUAAGGAAUUUUUGUAAAAAUGCGUUUUUUUUCUACUAAAAAAAUGUUGCAAACAUCACCGAACGACGACGCCGACAUUCUCGAAUUACCAAAGCGAGGUGAAAAAACUAACUAACCGAAGGAGAGAAAAAAUGUAAUUUUGCCACCCUUCAUUUGGUUUUUGUAAUCGAGGAUGCUCGUUUUUGUACUAAAAGUAUUUUACUAUUAAACACGGUGUAAAAAAAAGCGUAACAUAUAGAUCUGUUCUGUCCAUUUUUAUUUGCGUAUAUGCACGUACCUGUCUAGCAGUUCUAUCUCGAUCUCUCACUUUGCUUAUGUUGAGUUUGUCUUUCAUGACCUGAAAAUACAUUGUACAAUGAUUAUGGAUGAAUAAAUUUGCUAUAUUAUUUUUAA